UUGGUGUCAGCGCGGAGCAGACGGAGCCGAAUCUCACUGACUUUUUAUUUAAUGUAACGAGUCAACUACCGACUAGAGGACACGUUAAAGUGCCCGGGUUACAUUUAACUAGCUAACUCAGCUAACUGCUCAGAAACAGUUAACACCGUCGGUAACCGGAACGGACACAUCCGGGAACAGAAAAUGCUUUAGGACGACCGGUAACUUCGGUGAUGUUUGUACCUGCGCUGAUGGAGACGCUCUGAAGGUGACAGUGGGAAAGACCUCAUCCUUCCUCCCCCUCCUCCCCCCCUGAAGGCUGCACAGAUGUUUUCUCUCGGUCAGGAGAACAUCCCCACCUCCCCUGCUUCCACCAAAGGACCAGUCAAAUAUGGAGAGCUCAUUGUGCUCGGGUGUAACGGCUCUCUGCCCAACGGUGACAAGGGGAGGCGGAAAAGUCGCUUCGCUCUGUGUCGCAGGAACAAGGCCAACGGUGUGAAACCCAGCACUGUCCACUCAUCAUGCACACCUCAGGCUGCCAAGGCUGUAAGCAACAAGGAGCAGCACAGUAUUUCAUACACGCUGUCCCGGGCACAGACGGUGGUGGUGGAGUACACCCACGACAGCAACACAGACAUGUUCCAGAUCGGUCGUUCGACAGAGAAUCCCAUCGACUUUGUGGUGACGGACACGCUGCCCGGCAGUCAGAAUCAAUCUGACGGUCAGACAGUCCAGAGCACCAUCUCCCGCUUCGCCUGCCGCAUCAUCUGCCAAAGAAACCCUCCGUACUCUGCACGGAUCUACGCCGCAGGCUUCGACUCUUCCAAGAACAUCUUCCUCGGGGAAAAAGCAGCCAAGUGGAGGAUGCAGGACGGUCAGAUGGACGGACUGACCACCAACGGCGUUCUGGUGAUGCACCCGCGACACGGCUUCAGUCAAGACUCUAAACCUGGUCUGUGGAGGGAAAUAUCUGUCUGCGGCAACGUCUUCACGCUGCGGGAAACCAGAUCAUCUCAGCAGAGGGGCAAGAUGGUGGACCCCGAGUCUAACGAGCUGGUGGACGGGUCUCUCAUCGACCUGUGCGGUGCCACCCUGCUGUGGCGGACAGCUGAGGGUCUGGCGCACACACCCACUGUCAAACACCUGGAGGCCCUGCGGCAGGAGCUGAACGCCGGGCGUCCGCAGUGCCCUGUGGGCUUCAACACGCUGGCCUUCCCCAGCCUCCGCCGCAAAGGCGUCCUGGACGAGAAGCAGCCCUGGGCCUACCUGCACUGCGGCCACGUGCACGGUUACCACGGCUGGGGGAGCCGCCGGGACCCCGAGGUGGAGGCGGAGUGUCAGGAGAGAGAGUGCCCCAUGUGCCGGGCGCGGGGCCCCUACAAGCCGCUGUGGCUGGGCUGCGAGGCCGGCUUCUACGUGGACGCAGAGCCCCCCACCCACGCCUUCGUCCCCUGCGGUCACGUCUGCUCAGAGAAGACGACGGCGUACUGGAGUCAGAUCCCGCUGCCGCAUGGCACGCACACCUUCCACGCCGCCUGCCCGUUUUGCAUCCAGCCGCUGAGCGGAGAGUCCGGCUGCAUCAGACUGAUCUUCCAAAGCCCACUGGACUGAACACACUCAGACUUCUUAUGUCAAGCCUUAACCAACAGAGAGGUGGACACAGCUUUGAGUUUUUACGUAACUUAAUUUUUAUAACUUAAUUUAACUUAAUUUUGACCAAUAUCGACACAUGUACUGGGCUGACUCCCGCCUUUUUCUAAUAUUAUAUAUGAUUCAGGCAGUGUCGCCCUCUUUCCAAGUGGUGAAAGUUCUUCCCUGGACAAAACUGUGACGAUGUGUGAUUUGCUUUUUAUUUAUUCCCUGUCGUCUUCAGUAAUGUCUUAACUCAACAGCUGCCUUAAAGAGCCAUUAACACUAAGACGUGAUCCCCAGUUUGGUUUCAGUGUCUCACUGUGGUCCAGUGCUUGAUUUUAAAGGCAGAAUUUUUAUGCAGGAAAUGGUAAAAAAAAAAAAACGAAAGAAAAAGAAAUCAGGUGAUCCAUAACAUAUUUCUGUGUUUGAUCCUUUUCUCUGAAAUCAAGUGACCUUCCUCUGUACUGCUGUUUCCUCUUUGUACACAGAAUAACUGUAUUUUAUGAUUUUAAUACGAGCUUUGUAUCUUAACGUGACAAAAAUAUAUUUCGUGGGAAACUUUUUAA